UAAAUGACAACAAAGAAUGAGUUAGUUUUUCUGCUCGUGUGAUUAAAUAUAGAAUGAUUUUUAUGCUUCUCUGUUUGGUUCAGAGCUGGAAUAUGAAACAGGAGUACCGGGAUCUGGUCCUGCAGGCGUGUGGAGCAUCAUCUCUCCAUGUGGGCUCCAGAAUCCAGAGUCUGUGGAGCGGUUACGGGGAAAUAGUCCGGCUGCACCUGGAGGGCUGCCACAGACCGUCUGUGGUUCUCAAACAUGUCAGGUUUCCGCAAGAGGCUGAACACACAGAUCUUUCCCACAGACGUAAAAUCAGGUCCUAUCAGGUGGAGACGUACUGGUACCAGAACUAUUCCACCAAUCAGAGCUGUCGGAUCCCUGCCUGCCUGGCUGCCUGCCUGGCUGCUUGUUCCUAUGGCGAUGAGAUGCUGAUUGUCCUGGAGGAUCUGGAUGUUGCUGGUUAUGACCAGAGAAGAACAAACGUGAAGGACACAGAGAUUAGGGCCUGCCUCAGCUGGUUGGCCAACUUUCAUGCCCUCUUCCUGAAUGUGGAACCAGAAGGACUGUGGCCUGUCGGCACUUACUGGCACCUGGAGACCCGGCCCAAUGAGCUGGAAGCAAUGGAUGAUGCUCUGCUCAAAGCGGCAGCCAGUGACAUCGACAGAAUACUCAGCAAAUGCUGCUUCAAAACCAUCGUUCACGGAGAUGCCAAGUUGGAAAACUUCUGUUUUUCCCAAAGUGGAAAGGACGUGGCAGCUGUGGACUUCCAGUAUGUGGGCGGGGGCUGUGGGAUAAAAGAUGUUGUGUAUUUUUUAGGAAGCUGCAUGGAUGAGAGGGAGUGUGAAAAGGGAGUCCCGGGCUUUCUGGACUACUAUUUCACAGAACUGAAACAAUCUGUUAAGGAAGAUGUGGACUUUGGUGCCUUAGAGAAAGAAUGGAGGGACAUGUUUGCAUUUGCCUGGACAGAUUUCCACCGUUUCCUGCUAGGAUGGAUGCCUGGUCACUGGAAGGUCAACCGGUACAGUAAACAGCUGAAAGAGGAGGUUCUGGGUAAACUGAAGCCAAAGCCACAACCAAAAACCGUUUAAUUUCAAACACCUAGAAAAUUUGAGCAUGUGACUGGAAGGUGGCCAGUUUGAACCCAAAAAUCGCUCGACUGGUUUCCCCAUUUACAGGUUUCCACCUGCAGCUGUUUCACUACUAAACCAGAGGGUUGCAAACAAAAUGUGGACUACUCCUUUUCUUGACAAAUAAAACUCGUGCUGGGUUCACAUUACCAGCUGAAGCAGCCUGAAUCUUAUUUUGUUCUGAAAAGAAUCUGAAGCUUGAAAAUGCUUAUGUCAGUUGUUUUCUGAGCACUUGCAAAAUAUUGCACAAACAAUUCUCAGACUACUGCGUCUUUCAGUAAGUAAAUACGUCGUUUGGCUGAGGAAAAAAAGAAACUACAGAGAAGUGAUUAAAUACUAAAAAGAAAAAUCAUUUACAUUUUAAAGUAUAUAUUGUCAACUUCAUGUUUAAAAUAAUAAAAUAACAGUAUAAGUACAUUUCUUUAGCUUUUUGUGUGUUCGGCCAAAUCUGGAGAAUAGUGACGGCAUUUCCGCAUUUCCUUGUUGCCAGGUCCACUUGUUAUAAGUGGCUAGAACUUUCAUAUUUAUUUUUUGUAAAGUUGUUUCAUGUCGAAAGUGAGGAAUCGUGAUUUAUUUGGUUGGGGUCUAAAAUCUAACUUUUUCAAAAAAGGCAUUCUCUUCUAUAUGUUCAGUUAAUUUCUUUUUCAGAUGUGCGGUACUGCAUUUGAUGUAGUGUUCAUCGCACCAUACAAAAUUAUUUUCUGAACCUUUGUUUCAUUUAUUAGGUUGAGCAUUUUGAAUAAAAAAUGAACUGGUUCAUUUGGCAUUGUGAGCAUUUCCAAAGACUGAAUAAUUAUAUUAGCAAUAUUCCUUUGGUGUCUGGCUUUU